AUGCGCACAGAUAUAAUUUCUUUUACUGAAUACAAAUGUUUCUGCUUUGCUCUGCUCCCCUGCAGGUCAGUGUUGACUGUUGCUUGUGAACAGACUGAAGUACUGCUUUUUGACCCAAUAUCUUCAAAGCACAUCAAAACUCUCUCUGAAGCUCAUGAAGACUGUGUAAAUAAUAUCAGGUUUCUAGAUAAUCGAUUGUUUGCGACUUGUUCUGAUGACACUACAAUAGCACUUUGGGAUUUGAGAAAGCUGAACACAAAAGUGUGCACUUUACAUGGUCACACCAGCUGGGUUAAGAACAUCGAGUAUGAUACCAAUACGAGAUUACUAGUAACAUCAGGGUUCGAUGGAAAUGUGAUCAUCUGGGACACAAACAGGUGCACAGAAGAUGGAUGUCCCCACAAGAAGUUUUUUCACACCCGUUUUCUUAUGCGAAUGAGGCUGACACCAGACUGUUCCAAAAUGUUGAUCUCAACCUCCUCUGGAUAUCUCCUGAUUUUGCAUGACCUUGACCUAAACAAAUCUUUAGAGGUUGGCAGCUACCCAAUUUUAAGAGCUAGGAGGACUACAUCAAGUUCAGACAUAACAUCAUCAGGUUCAUCUGGUCCUCGAGCUGUUGGUUCACCGUGUCACCAGAAUGAUUCAGGUCCACUGUCUGAGAAACACAUGUCACGGUCCUCCCAGCGAGAAGGUGGAUCACCUAGAAAUAGUUUGGAGGUCUUAACACCAGAGGUCCCUGGAGAAAGAGAUCGAGGCAAUUGCAUUACAUCACUACAGCUACAUCCAAAAGGGUGGGCUACGCUUCUUCGGUGCUCAAGUAAUACAGAUGACCAGGAGGAAGGAGCCCCUGUGCGCCCCGUCUCGCCUCGUUGUUCCCUGCGAUUGACUCAUUGCAUUGAAGAAGCCAAUGUGGGCCGGGGUUACAUCAAAGAACUUUGUUUCAGUCCCGAUGGCCGGAUGAUUUCAUCCCCGCAUGGCUUUGGGAUCCGCUUGUUGGGGUUUGAUGCACACUGCAGCGAACUUGUCGACUGUUUGCCCAAAGAAGCCAGUCCCCUGAAAGAAAUCCGUUCCCUCUACUCUCACAAGGAUGUGGUACUGACAACCAAGUUUUCUCCAACACACUGUCAGAUUGCCUCGGGGUGCCUUAGUGGACGUGUUUCUCUGUAUCAGCCAAAGUUCUAGGCACAUCUUGCAUCAACAAGACCUUCAGAUGUUUGUGGUUUUUACUUCAGUUUAGUUGAAGUGUGUUCUUUCUGAAACCUCUAAAUCCAGAUAAGAUCAUAGUUACUAUGAUCUCUGAACAUAACAGUGGAACGAAUUUCCAGCACAGCACUGUAUUCAUUCUCAUACUGCAUCCACAAGUCUGCUUCCAUGCACUGUGUUUUCAGCCUUCCAAGCAGACGUCUGCUCCUGCUGAUCCUGUGCCAUUGAGUCAUUGUUCUGGUUUGUUUGUACCAUAACACUUGUUGAUAAUUUCCUUCAAUGCAACUUGAAGUGGACUAUUUGAAAUAAACGUAGAGGGGACAAGGGUAGCAGUUCAGCCAAAACUCGCCCAGGCUCCCUGGGUACGACACCUCCUUGUUCCAAAGGAGCUGGACUUCCUCACGUACGCUUCCUUGGCCUUUUCUGUUGCUGAAACUACUAUAUGGUGAUUAUUAGAAAAUGAGCUGCUUUUCUACAUAACUAACACAAUUAGUUACUGUCACAAAAAGAAAAGAAAAUUUUGUUUUCAUUUAUAUAUUAAUUUGGUUGUUUGUCAUUGGCUAGCAAAAUGAGUCAACUUUCUGUAAUGUUUUGCUGCAGUUAAAACAUUUUGUUUUCUGUGAUUGCAUAUAUUGUGUUUAUUGACAGAA